CUUUGCACAGGAGACGCUCAACAUGUUCUCGGGGAUGGGCCGGUCGGUGUGGAAGGAGGCAUGCGCCAUGCUCCAGAAUAUUCUAUCAGCUGCUGAGCCAGUCUUGCCUGACAACAAGGCCCUCAGGAACAAGUGUAUCGUUCCAAUGAGUGAUAUAGAGAUGAUCCACCCAAUCAUUGUUGGAGUCUACACAGACUUCUUUUGUUCCGUGCGUGAUGGCAGGAAUUGCGGGUUUAUCUUCUGUCGGUUGCAGACUCCAGUCAAUCCAAAUUGUAUGCUACUAAAAGAAAUCAGGGUGCAUGGGAAGCAAGGACAUCUAAUGCUACAUUUGGCAAUGAGGUUCCUUCUGUCUAAGUUGCAAGAUACAAAGUUGAUUUCUGAACUUCAAUCUGAUGAGUCUACUAAUUUUAUCCAGGGUUCUCUUGGAGCACUUAUGGAGGAAGUUGUCAUGCUUACUGUGCAUACUAAAAAAAAAGAUUUUUCUUCUGAUACUAUAAAAGAACUCAGAGCGUCUGGAAAUACAGUACUCAAAACGAUUACAGGGUGGAUGAGUGCUUCAACAUAUUUCAGAGGAACUACUCAAUUGUUGGAUCAUUCGGACAACCUUGUGAAAAGAAAGACACUUGGGAUGUUGUCUGAAACUGCCAGAGGAAACGGUUUGGUUCAGAACAAGCAAAGAAAAAGCACGAAAACUGAAGCAUAGCUCUGUUAUAACUGUGAUCAAAUUGGACAAGAGCUCUGGUCCAUAUUUCAGCAACUUGUGCUUAAAGAUUCUUGAAUUAAUUGACAGAGUGGUUGAUUUGGACACUUCAGUGAAAACGGGACACUUCAGUUAAAGUGUGACCACAUGUUAAUAAUACUUCAUUUUUCCUCUUUCAGGAGCAUUUGCAUUAUGAUGUGGUGAAGCGAUUCAAAUAAAUGUAUAUAAAAAUGGAGAUUUCAAUGUCUAAUAAUGAUGUAAAUGGUUUGCACUUUGGUA